AGGUUUAUCCAUCCUGUCCCCUCUCUCCCAUCCUCCCUCUUCCCAUUCCCCUGGCAACCAAACCAGACCCAUCAAGGAGAAGGACCUGGCAGCUGUGCAGGGAGAGACUAAUGGCCCGGAAGGAAGGAGGGGCCUGGAGAGGAGACGAAGGAAGGCGGUAGGGUUGUGAGCAGGCGGGCGUUGGCCCAUCUCAGAGGACACACAAAGGAGGGGCGGCUCCUCUGCCCUGCAAUGCCGAGGAGCUGGCUGGCCAAGGAGCUGCCCUCCUCAUCCCCCCCUGCCAGAGAGUCAGCCUGGAGUCCCAAACCUGCUUCCCCAGAUGCCCAGCUCUUAUCCUCAGGGCCAGUCGAGGUGGACCUGUCCGUGCUGGAAAGCCCUGGAGUCCCCGGCAGCAGCAGCCCCAUGGCUCUUGGCAAACCCAGCAGGCCUCAGCACCCUGGCUCCUGCAGACCAUCUGAGCUGCCUCUAUCCACUCCGGGGCGGCCUGUGCCUGAGUUCUGGAAGCCGCAGACAUGCAAAGGCCAGACAUCAGCCUUCACGAUAACGGGGGUGGGGGAGGGCAGGAAGGGAUGUGUGGUUGUGUGUGUGUAAUGUGUGUGCACAUAGGUAAUGUGGCUAGCGUGCAUAUGCAUCUGUGUGUGUGCACAGGCUUGUAGAUCUGCUUUGGGACGUUCUCUCUCCUCUUUCAGUCCCUGGACCACUAGGGAUGAGUACUUUCUCUUUCAGCAUCUCUUCCCCAUCCAGCCCCACCCAUCCCUGGGUACCUGCAACUCCUCGAUACUGGUAACCGGUUCCUGCCAGUCCAUUCAUCUCUCAGCCUUGGCAGCAGCUGCGGCCCCUCAGCCCCCUCCCCUUCCUACCUCAGGAAUUGCUUUGGUUCCCGUAAGGCCCAUGACUGAGCAGCAGUUGGUUGGGGGAAGGGAGAAUCCAGUAAAGCCAGACAGCAUACAACUAGCUCCCUCAGCUCAGCCUCUGGCAGGACACAGACUGAGUGGGACCCAGAGUUGGGCCCAGCCACCCUCAACCCCCUCUGCUGUGCCCACCCUGUUGGCGCCUGGUGUAGGUCCAAGUUUGGGAGCUGUGUCUUUAAGGCUGAGCCAUCAGCAGGCAACCCCCUGGCCAAGUGUCCAGAGGAGGGGGAGGGGAAGUGGCCAGUCCAUUAGCGGCAGAGCUGGCGCCAGGCAGCAGCCCUCCACAGGGCCCUGGGGACUAUGGAGGGAUGAGCCCUUCCCACCCCUCUCAGCUACCCCUGCCCUCCCGUCCCCCAUUUCUCCCUGGGCGUGGUAGCAAAGGGGUAGCUAACAGCAGGUAAAAGCAGAGCCUAGCCUUCAGGGGACAAGUGGAGGCACAGACCCUGGGGCCCAAGCCAGACCAACUCACCAUCUACCUGGGCCAUCUCCUCCCCACUCAUAUGCCAGAAGCCUGCCCUUUAACUUCCAGUCCUCCUAUCCUCCCAUUUUUUUUUUUUAACUGAGGUUUAACUGACAUAACGUUAAUUUCAGGUGGACAAUGUAAUGAUUCAUUGUAAUUGAUACAUUGUAGAUCUCCGAUUUUCAAUAGCUCUCUCAGGCAGGAACCCCAGCUCCAGUCUGGCCCUCCCACCCAAGGCUCCAGCUCCGGAUGCUUGCUGGAGGGUGCUGACCCCCAGCCCAGGCCUGCCAGUGGUCGCCAGGCCUGCUUCCUUCCCCGCUUGCAACAGGGGGAAUCAACUAGGCAGGGCGCCAGCAAACCUAGGAGCGAGGGUGCGGCGCUCCUGCAGCUCCGCAGGGGUGGGGCAUCCCCCUCCCCACAUAGCCCCGCCGUCAGGCCAGUGGGAGGAGCUGCCCAUGCCCCCCCUGUGCCCGCAGGGCUAUAAAGCCGCCUCGCAGCGGUCUGCGGCUCCUUCCCCGCUCCCGGACCAGCUUUGCCAGCGGUGACUGCCCAUCCUCGGCCACCAUGAGCCACCCGUCGGGCCUCCGAGCCAGCGUCAGUUCCACCUCAUACCGCCGCACCUUCGGGCCACCGCCCUCACUGUCCCCUGGGUCCUACUCCUACGCGUCCAGCUCCCGCUUCUCGAGCAGUCGCUUGCUGGGCUCGGCAUCCCCUGGCUCCUCCGUGCGCCUGGGCAGCUUCCGCGGCCCCCGGGCGGGCGCGGGCGCCCUCCUGCGCCUGCCCUCGGAGCGCCUCGACUUCUCCAUGGCCGAGGCCCUCAACCAAGAGUUCCUGGCCACGCGCAGCAACGAGAAGCAGGAGCUGCAGGAGCUCAACGACCGUUUCGCCAACUUCAUUGAGAAGGUGCGCUUCCUGGAGCAGCAGAACGCGGCCUUGCGCGGGGAGCUGAGCCAGGCCCGCGGCCAGGAGCCGGCGCGCGCCGACCAGCUGUGCCAGCAGGAGCUGCGCGAGCUGCGGAGGGAGCUAGAGCUGCUGGGCCGCGAGCGCGACCGGGUGCAGGUGGAGCGCGACGGGCUGGCGGAGGACCUGGCGGCGCUGAAGCAGAGGUUAGAGGAGGAGACGCGCAAGCGGGAGGAUGCGGAGCACAACCUCGUGCUCUUCCGCAAGGAUGUGGACGACGCCACCCUGUCCCGCCUGGAACUAGAGCGCAAGAUUGAGUCUCUAAUGGAUGAGAUUGAGUUCCUCAAGAAGCUGCACGAGGAGGAGCUUCGAGACCUGCAGGUAAGCGUGGAGAGCCAGCAGGUGCAGCAGGUCGAGGUGGAGGCCACCGUGAAGCCUGAGCUGACGGCGGCGCUGAGGGACAUCCGCGCGCAGUACGAAAGCAUCGCGGCAAAGAACCUGCAAGAGGCAGAGGAGUGGUACAAGUCCAAAUACGCGGACCUGUCCGACGCCGCCAACCGGAAUCACGAGGCCCUGCGUCAAGCCAAGCAGGAGAUGAAUGAGUCCCGACGCCAGAUACAGAGCCUGACAUGCGAAGUGGACGGACUCCGCGGUACGAACGAGGCGCUGCUCAGACAGCUGCGGGAGCUGGAGGAGCAGUUUGCUCUGGAGGCGGGCGGGUACCAGGCGGGCGCCGCGAGGCUCGAGGAGGAGCUGCGACAGCUGAAGGAGGAGAUGGCACGGCACCUGCGCGAGUACCAGGAGCUCCUUAAUGUCAAGAUGGCCCUGGAUAUCGAGAUCGCCACCUACCGGAAGCUGCUGGAGGGCGAAGAGAGCAGGAUUUCCGUGCCAGUCCAUUCUUUUGCAACCUUAAGUAUAAAGACGACUGUGCCUGAGGUGGAGCCUCCCCAGGACAUCCACAGCAGGAAGAUGGUUCUGAUCAAGACCAUUGAGACUCAGGAUGGGGAGCAGGUGGUGACUGAGUCCCAGAAGGAGCAGCGCAGUGAGCUGGACAAGUCUUCGACUCACAGCUACUGAACCCAUUGGUCCAGAGUUUCCUGACCCUGCCCUAGGCCUACUCUAAGUCCCAGACCCUAACACCAGUACUGAAUUAGUCCUCUCUCACUCUGCAUGUGUCUAGGGGAUGGCACAAGUCACCCCUUCCCUGGCCUGUGGCCAAGUGCUACCCAGCCAGCCCUCUCCCUGCCCUGACAUACAUAUAUAUGACCUAUAUGUGCCCCUUAUUGCAUCCUAGUCAGAGGCCAGCAAUCCCCCGAUCGAGUCUACUCCUACCAUUAUCCCAUGACCAGUGGACUGGGCCAGGGUCUGAGUUUCGCUUUUGAAUCAAAUAAAACUGCUGUCAAGAGAAA